GAGUGUUAAAAUAUUGUGUAUUGUGUGUUGCAUACUCCAUGAGCUGGUAGGAAAAAUAUAGGUUAUGGUGUAGUACAUAUGUUUGUAGAAGUUUUUAAACAUUUGAAACAGUUUUAACAACAAACUUCCUGUUCGCCAGAGAUCGAAAUUUUGUAACUAUGGACCGUCGUCCACCAAAUUAUACCUAAGAGCAAAUAUGGAUAAAGAGUUUACUAGUUUUGCAGAAAAUAAGAAAACAAACGGUAGCAUUUCCUGAAAAAUUCUGACAUGUAUGUGCACACCUCGGAGUUUCCCUCAAGAAUACUCAUAAUUGUAAAGUUUUCGUUAUGGCGAACCGCAUCAGAAGACACCUUUCAUUGUUACAACAUUUCAUCUGUGGGGGCGCCAACAUCGAAACUUUUUACUGCAAAGACUGUGAUUUUGAAACACAACUAACAGUUCUUUUUAAGCACCACCUUCAAGAAUGUCACGGCGUUACAAGACAAAGUGAAGGUUUAGGUUUCUCCUUUCAGAAAUACGUAAUUCGAAAGUACAUCUGUGAAAAGUGCAAUUUUGAAACACAUUUUUCGUUUAAAUGGUUUCAGCACACUGCAUCAUGUGUGGGAAACAAUGGACGAUUUAACUUACGACGACACAUACUUAUGGAUUUUGAUGAACCGAGUAUUAAGUGGUACCAAUGUAAACAGUGUCUGUACAAAAGCAAGUAUAUAACGACGCUAAAAAAUCACAUCAAUGCGCGUCAUUUGGACGGACACGAAAUUAAAUGGUAUGAAUGCAAAAAGUGCCCGUACAAAGGUAAACAAAUUUCGAAUUUAAAAAGACAUAUUGUGACGCACCACCUGGACGAAAACGGCAUCAAAUGGUACGAAUGCCGAAAGUGUCCCUACAAAGCUAAAGAUGGCUGGAAUUUAAAAAUUCACGUGAAUACGCGCCAUUUAGACGAACAAUACAUCAAAUGGUAUAAGUGUGACAAGUGUUCGUACAAAGCUAAAAGCAAUUCUCAUUUAAAGAGACACGUGAACGCACGACAUUUGCACGAGGGUGAUAUUAAGUGGUACGAAUGCAAUAAAUGUGCGUACAAAGCUAAGGAAAAUUCCGUGCUUAAAAGACACGUAAUUGCGCGACAUUUGGACGAACAGGAUAUUAAGUGGUACGAAUGUACGCUGUGUCCGUAUAGAGGUAAAAGAAAUUCUCAUUUGAAGAGUCACAUUAAUGCGUACCAUUUAAACGAUGAAGACGUUGUGUGGUACCAGUGCGAAAACUGCCCUUACAGAGCUAAAGUUAAGGAAUCGAGACAUAAGUGUGCCUCAUGAUGGAAUAUGUGUUGUGUUAGUUAUCGUUUGUUACGUUGUAAGAGAAAAUAUGUUUUUAUAAUUAAAUAUGUUAUUUUUCAUCUUAAAA